AUGCCAAUGCCAAAUUCCACUGCUGUGAUGGAGUUCCUCUUGGAAGGGUUCUCCACCUUGUGGCAGCACAGGCUUGUCUUCUUUGCUGUCUUUCUAACUUUGUACCUGCUGACUCUCUCUGGCAAUAUUGUCAUCGUGACUAUUACUCAUCUGGACCAUCACCUCCACACCCCCAUGUACUUCUUCCUGAGCAUGCUGUCCCUCUCUGAGACCUGCUACACUGUGGCCAUCAUUCCCCAUAUGCUUUCUGGCCUCCUAAGCCCCCAGCAGCCAAUUGCUGUCCAAGACUGUGCCACUCAGCUCUUCUUCUAUCUCACCUUCGGCAUCAACAACUGCUUCCUGCUCACGGCCAUGGGGUUCGACCGCUAUGUGGCUAUCUGCAACCCGCUAUGGUACUCGGUCAUCAUGAGUAAAGAGGCCUGUGUCCAGUUAGCAUGCGGAUCACUGGGAAUUGUGUUUGGCCUGCCCUUCUGUGAUGCCUUUGUCAUUUCUCACUCCUUCUGUGAUGUGAGGCCCCUGCUAAAGCUGGCUUGUGCUGAUAGCACUGUCAACAAGAUCAUCAACUUUGUUGUCAGUGUCUGUGUCCAAGUUCUACCCAUGGGCCUGGUCUUCAUCUCCUACAUCCUCAUCAUCUCCACCAUUCUCAAGAUUGCCUCCAUUGAGGGCUCCACAAUCCUUAAGAUCACUUCAGCCGAGGGCCGGAAGAAGGCCUUUGCCACCUGCGCCUCCCACCUCACGGUGGUCAUCGUCCACUAUGGCUGCGCCUCCAUCAUCUACCUCAAGCUCAAGUCCCAGAGUUCCCUGGGGCAGGACAGACUAAUCUCUGUGACCUACACAGUCUUCACCCCCUUGCUGAACCCUGUUGUGUACAGCCUGAGGAACAAGGGUGUCAAAGAUGCUCUGCACAGAGCUGUGGGGUGGAAGCUCCUUUCCUCUUAA